AUGUACAAACCUAGUCUUUUCUCCGCUAUUCCAGUUCUCAUGCUUACUGAGAAAGUCCUUGGAUUCGGCUGCUCAACUCAUAGUUACACCACCUGCGAGGACAAAAUCGUCCACUGGUUCGACCCCGACGAUGGCAUGAUCUGCGAUCCUUUGGACUGUGGCGGCGGCCGAGCUCCUCCCAAGCACGGGCCUGGAUGCGCCGGAUAUACCGGCACUGAAACUCGUGGAACUUCGUAUCUCUCGUGCUGGAAGCCUUCGACUACUCUUGUGGCCGCUCCCGCUGGCCCGACAACGGUGGUGACCGUUCCUGCUGAGCCUACUUCUACGUCCAUUGUAGUUGUGACCAAACUCACAACAUAUGGCGUGACAGAGAGUACACCGGAUGACGAAAUGCCCACUGAGAGAGAGGAUCCUACAGAGCCAGAGACAGUAUCCACGGGAAGCGAAACCACGAGCCCUCCAGAUGAUGAGAAGCCUACAGAGACGAAGACAGUACCUGUAGAAAGUGAGACAGACACUCCCCCAAAUGAAGAGAAGUCCACCGAUACAGAUGUGGUAUCAAAGACUGGGCCGACUAUUGCUGCGCCCGUUGUUCCUUCGCAAACCCAGUCGACCAGGGCAGAGGCCUCUACCCCAGUCGCUGCUCCCAAUGCGGCUCGAGCUUUGGAGGGCUCUUUGAUUGGUGUCGCCGGUGUUGCGAUCGGUGCAAUGGUUUUCCUCUGA